GGGCGUAAUUUAUGCCUGGCCACGACAAGCCCGGGUCGAGCCCAUUUUUUAUCCUAUAGCCCGUCACUUUGAAUCGACGCCUAUUUUACACUAAUCCUCCACAGCGAGCAGAGCAGCACAAGCAUUCGCAAUCUCUCUUGCAAAAUCCUGGUUGAGUUUCAGAAAUGAUUGGCGCAAUAAAGGCGGUAAUUUUUGGUCCACAUACCCACCUAAGUCAAUUGAGGCUCGCUAUGUUUCAUUCAACUCCUGUUCUUGAACGUAAACGACGCAGCUAUUGGCAAACGCCGAGAUCUCAUCGCUCUUCCAAUGCAUAUUCUAAAAGGUUCAGAAAGAUGCAGUCAAAGAAAACUUUAUUGCGUAAUAUUAGCUCUUAUGCUGAUUACCUGUUUCAGAGUUGGCAAGAAGACCUUGAUGAGGAUGAUCCAUCAACAAGUAAAGGCCCAUCGUGGUUUAAAAAGCAGCACUCUGGGAGAUCCAAGAAGGGUUGGAAUCUGGGUCACCAAUACUGGGAUAAAAGAGUUUUCCAGUUUUGUGAAGAUGAUGAAGAAAUUGAUGUUGAUUUUAGUUGCCGCUUCUAUUGGUCCUUCAUUAAUGAAGAGAAUACUAAAUGGAGGAGCUCAUCUGGUUAUCAUCAUAACUAUACAAAUUUCGGGGAUUGGAGAGCCCGAUUUGAAGAGGAUUAUGAAUCCUCAAGCGAGUCAGACAAUUUAGACUCAGAUAUGGCUUUGGAUAGGCAGGCUCUUGGACUAAGUGCUUAUGGUCCUUUAAAACUUGAGGAAGUUAAAACUGCGUAUCGAGCGUGUGCACUGAAAUGGCAUCCUGAUCGUCACCAAGGGUCUUCCAAGGUUGUUGCUGAAGAAAAAUUCAAGCUGUGCAGUCAAGCAUACCAAUCUUUAUGUGACAAACUAGCCGUGAACUAAGGCCUUUGCAGUUCAUACCAAAUCUGAGAUAUGCCAAUCAACUCCCCACAGCUAUUGGAGCAUGCUAGCAGAUGUAACAAACCUUACGGCAAUUAGAUUGAGUUUCGCAAGAUUGUCAAAGAAAUGGUGCUUUGGAUGACUGGAAUAGGUUUUCCUUGUAAUAAUAUCUAUUGAUGACAAUGACAUCUCAUUUUUUUCCA